AUGGCUGAUCAACUCACUGAAGAGCAAAUCGCCGAAUUCAAAGAAGCAUUCUCACUUUUUGAUAAGGACGGCGAUGGAACGAUUACCACUAAGGAGCUUGGCACUGUUAUGCGAUCCCUAGGACAGAACCCAACAGAGGCCGAGCUGCAGGACAUGAUCAACGAAGUGGAUGCUGAUGGCAAUGGUACCAUCGACUUUCCGGAGUUCCUUUCGCUGAUGGCUCGAAAGAUGAAGGAUACCGACACCGAAGAGGAGCUCAUUGAAGCCUUUAAGGUGUUCGAUCGCGACGGAAAUGGAUUCAUCUCUGCUGCUGAGCUCCGUCAUGUUAUGACCAAUCUUGGCGAGAAACUCACCGACGAGGAGGUCGAUGAGAUGAUUCGUGAGGCUGAUGUUGACGGAGAUGGACAGAUUAAUUACGAGGAGUUUGUUCGUAUGAUGAUGGCCAAGUAA